GUGGUCCCAGGGGGCUGCGGUUGAAGAGACUGUGCCGUCUCAGCCUCCUGGGGGACGCAGGCCCAGCUGCACCUGUUGUGCUAACUAGCCCCGUGGGACCUAUCUUCAAUUUUAGGCUAGCUGAGGGAGGAAUGGCAUUGGCAGGAGGGGGUGGGGCUGACUUCAUGGGGCUUAUGGUCUCCUUUCACCCCUAGUAUCUGAGGCUCCCAGGCCCUGGCUGGCCCCGCCUCUUCUCCUUCAUAGUGUCCCAGUGUGGCCAAGAGGGCCCUGGAGUUGGAUUGGACCUUGUGUGUCAACGCUUAGGCAGAUCUGGGCCUAACUGCCUCCACUGCCUGGGCCCACUCAGGGAGCGCCUCACUGUUUGGGCAGCCAUGGAUUCUAUCCCAGCCCCAUCUUCAGUUCAGGGACACAACCUGGCUGAAGAUGCCAGAGAUUCUGAGAGUUGGCAGAACAUGGGAGACGACUAUUCUGAAGCUGCAGUUUCACAGCCACAGAUGGCACUAGAAGAGGUGCCGGACCCACUGGCAAGCAGCCAUGGACAGUCACUCCCAGGAUCCUCGAGGGAACACAUGUCACAGUGGGAAGUGAGGAACCAGACUCAUUAUUCAAAGAGAGAGCCUGAUCAGGUACUGCGUUCCUCUGCUAGCCAGAAAUAUCUGGACAAGAAACGUCCAGCACCUGCAGCCACUAUAAAACUAAAAGAGAAGAGGCCCAGAACUCUGCCUCUAGCUCCAAGUUCCCAACAAGGGCUCCCCACUCAGGACCUACAAGAGGGAGAAAAUUGGGAGCAAGAAGAUAAAGAUGAAGAUAUGGGUUCCAGGCUGGAGCAUAGUCCCUCAGUUCAAGCAGACUCUGAAUCCCCACACCCUGAAGAGGUACCAGAUUAUCUCCUGCAAUACAGGGCCAUCCACAGUGCAGAGCAGCAACAUGCUUAUGAGCAGGACUUUGAAACAGAUUAUGCUGAAUACCGUAUCUUGCAUGCUCGUGUUGGGGCUGCAAGCCAAAGGUUCAUGGAGCUGGGAGCAGAGAUCAAGAGAGUUCAGAGAGGAACUCCAGAACACAAGGUGCUGGAAGAAAAGAUAGUCCAGGAAUAUAAAAAGUUCAGGAAGCGGUACCCAGGUUACAGGGAAGAAAAACGUCGCUGUGAGUACCUGCAUCAGAAAUUGUCCCACAUUAAAGGUCUCAUCCUGGAGUUUGAGAAGAACAGGCGCAGCUGAAGUUGUGAGAGGGCUCUUGGCCCUCUGCCCUGUGAUAUGAAGGAACAAAGCAGCUAUAAACUAGAGUGCAACUGUCUGUUCUUAUUACUGUGUCCACAGUGGCAACUAGGAAAGCUCCUCUAGGUUCUUACGGUUUGAUUUUCAUUGUUGCCAUAUUUUAAUUUUUAGGGUGUGGGCACAGUGCCAACACCCCACAGCUAU